AUGCGACCGCAGCAGCGCCACAUCACCCUCUCGGCCUCUCCAUCGUCUGGAGUUCCUUAUUACAACUACAACACGACACCAGUGGAGGCGGUGGUGAACCUCACGGCGGCUGCGGCGUCAGGUUCCUCGGCCGCCACCGUCAGCACGCACUACACUGUUGCCAAGUAUCUAAGCGAGCUCCAGCGUGGCGCAGCUCUUACACGGUUUGCAGCGACAAAGGAUCAGUCAUCAGUCGCGGAGGCCACUGCCCGACCCUCUGGUGUCAAAGGGUUUCUUGAACCCAGCGCUGGCUACGUGGAGUGCCGUGGAGCAAGGCGCUGCUACUACGUGUACCCCGUUGAGGACGGUCGAUACGCCGCGGCAGUGACGCUGCCUGCCGCGGUGUGGCGUCGUCUGGGCGGUGGCGGUGAUGGAGCUGCUUAUGCCGAGUGGCUCGUGCACACCGCUCUCCGCAGCAGCGUCGUAUCUGUGACCAGAGUCAUGACCGGUGACUCCACGACAGCAUGCGUUGCGCCCCCGUCUCUUCACACGCGGCUUUUGGUCAGUCCACAUGACGUGCAGCGCAGCAUGGAGUCGCAGGUACGGCUGCUGGCAAAGGUUGUUGCAGAGGGCACCGCGCAGCCGCGCGUGCUUGCAGAGCGCGAUAUGGCGCUUCGGCGCAUGUGCCGUGAACAGCCGUCACCGCUGCGCACGCGUCCACACCUGUGGCGGCGGAUGGAGCAGCUGCUGCGGGCCGCCACGAGCUCGACGGAUGCGGCAUCCCUUCGUGGUGUCAUGCCGACAGUAGGCCUACCGAGCACAGAUACGCGCUACGUCCUGGCUGCAUCGGCUGUGUGGUACCGCGGCAACCCCCUCUACAGCAGCAGCAGUCCUAUUGGCGCCGCGUGCCGAUCGACUCAGGUAUCCCAACUGCUGCGCUCUGCAGGGCUGUCCGCGGUGCUGGAGGAACUGAAUUGUGCGGCCGAGGCUGCCAUCAAGGGAAGACGUGGGGUAGGUAGCAUGGCGUACGCCACCGCUGAGGAUGCCAUGAUUCGAGUGACAGCUGUUUGUCUGGUGACGCGUGAGCCGAACGAGAGCAAAGGCGGCGCAGGCACAGGCACGCGCGUUAGCGGCUACGUAAGUGAGCCCAUUGGCAUCACCUCCGCCGCCCAAUCGCUUGUUGACCCUUCCCGUAUCACCUCGACGGCCGUGCUGCCAUUGAUCUCCCUGGCCUUCACAAGCCCCUCAGGAUGGACGGUGGCGCUGCUGCUGCGCGGCAUGCGCACCCCCUUCCUCGGAUCCCCGCUCUCCUCGAUCUUCAGUAGUGUGCAACUGCUGGUCGAGGAGCACUUCGAAUCCAUUGGAUUUGUGAGCCUCGUUCACGAGGCCACCGCGGCGAUGCGCACCGCGUGGAGGCGGCCCGUCACGCUGCUCUCGCCUCUCACUGCUCAGCUGGAGGCCUCCGUUCGUGAUAUUCGAGUCGGCCGACGCUGCGCUGUGGCAACAGCCGCAGGCACACCCACACGCACCGGCGACGUUCUCCUGUACUACUUCAACCACGAUGCGGCAGUUGCACGCCAACGUGUCGCCGUUGCAUCCUCCUCGUGCUCCUCUCCUCCUGCCUUUCCGUUGUGUGCGUCGCAAUGCGGGAAAGUAGCAGACGGUGCCACGCCAGGUGUACUGCACCCCCGCUGUACACUCGGCGAAGGUGAGGCGUUUGGCCUCGAUGGACCGCAGACGGUGCAUGGAGGCGGCGCCGCAGUGGAGGCCGUGCUGCACGCAGCAGCGCGGUAUGCACAGCUGGCGAUGCGUGUGCGCUGCUACUGCUACAGGGGUACACGGGCGAAGAGUCGCCAGGUUGGCGGCUGCGGUCCUUUCCCCUACUCUCUGUACGCCCAGCGCCGCUGCCAGACCCUGCACUCCGUACUGAGCGGCAAGCACGUCACCAGGGUGGUGCACGCGGUGCCCCAUUGCACCACCCCAGGAAGUGGUGACCCCGGUCGUGCUCCAGAGUACGCUGUCACGUACGUGGUAGUGGUGCUGGAGACAAAGAAGACACCGGUGGUGGCGCAUGACGAGUACCGCGCGUUUGCAUCGUGGCUGUUGUGCAAGUACUGCUAA